CAUCGCAUGCUGCACGACGUUUCUGACUCGCUUGCCGACCCCCUGACCAUCGCUUUGCCGUCAUAGUCGUCUACCACUCUUGUCACCUGCUCAGAAGGCUCGCGAGGUGCAUCACUCUCGAAAAACCUAAAUAUCAUCACGCGGUCAUAGCGCACCAUUUACUCUGCUUCAAUUUCAAUGCUUGCAGGGUAUAAAUCGUCUCGGGAUUGGGGUCACAACCCGUUGGACAACCCCACAUCCACUCCCUAGUCUUUUUGAACGGCCACCCUUCGCCGUUCCAGCUACGUCGAUGAUUCUUCCCGCAGUUCUUUCAGUCUGUCUUCUUCUCGGGUUGUCCAAGGCUACGUCUCUUCCUCCACGGCAGUCCGACGAUCCGUUGAAACUGGUACAGCUUGAAGCACCCGAUGGGUCCGCGAAGGCACAUUUCAUCCCGUACGGUGCCAUCACGACGAAUUUUUGGGUGAAAGACAAGCACGGAAACUUUAGGGACAUUAUCCUUGGAUAUGAUAACCACACUAACUAUCUGACCGACGCUCUGGGCCACCCAUACUUCGGGCCAGUAGUUGGAAGGUACGCGAAUCGUAUCAAGAACAGCACAUUUACCAUCGGGAACAACACCUACAACAUAUCAGCUAACGAAAAUAACGGCCUGGAUACCCUUCACGGAGGAGAAGACGGUUUCGACCGGCGGUUAUGGACGAUCGAAGAGACCACUAACUCAUCCGUGACCUUCAGUUUGACUGACCCUGAUGGCAUGGAGGGCUUCCCUGGUACUGUCAACGCCAAUAUCACAUACACUUUGGACAAUAAUGCAACAUGGAAAAUCAAAAUGCAUGCCACUGCGACUGAACAAACGCCCAUCAUGCUCAGCUGUCAUCACUACUGGAAUUUUGAGGCCUACCAAGAGACUCAGACUCUCGAUGAUCAUUUUGCUCAGUUCCCUGCACACCAAGUUAUUGGCGCAGACGGUAUACUCAUUCCUGAUGGUUCGCUUGUCAACGUCACGGGCACCCCGCUCAAUUUCCGGACGGCCAAAUCCAUUGGUGCUGCUAUCAAUCAGACGAUCGGCUUGGAUUAUUGUGGAACAGGCUGCGACGGUUUCGAUAACUGCUGGAUAUACGACAAUAAUACCUCCGAUAGCCCCGUGUUUUCCCUUUGGAGUGUUAACUCCGGUAUUCGCCUGGAUGUUACGACCAACCAAGCCGCUCUUCAGAUGUAUACCUGCGACGGUAUCUACAACGCGAGCCUACCCAUACCCCGGAAAGUCGAACAAGGUGGUCCUUCGACCUUCUACCAGGACCAUUCGUGUCUCGUGGUGGAGCAGGAAUCUUGGAUUGAUGGGAUUAACCAACCCGAGUGGGGAAUCGAUCAGAUCUAUGGACCAGACAGGGACUAUCUUUGGGAAUCGGAGUACGCGUUCUCUGUUUUGCAAUGAUACGAAGGCGUACGAGCUGUAUAGCCCUUUAUCUAUUCACCAUAAUUUGUUGUUCUCGAUGACAAAGAUUCUCGAAC